GGCGCGAAUUCCUAUUGAGCCAAGCUCCAUUUGUUGCUUGCCGCUGCCCUAGGCUCCUUCUCGCAAAAUGCGCUUUGCCGGUACGCUGCUGUGGCUCCUCGUCCUGGGUCUGGGGCACUGCGCCCUCGUGCAUUCUUCAAGGACUGGGGGCGUCAGGAAAAGAGGACCGUCCGUGACCGCCAAGGUCUUCUUUGACAUAAGGAUUGGAGACAAAGACAUAGGCAGAAUUGUAAUUGGCUUGUUUGGCAAAGUUGUACCCAAGACUGUGGAGAAUUUCAUUGCUCUGGCAACUGGAGAAAAAGGAUAUGGAUACAAAGGAAGCAAAUUUCAUCGUGUAAUCAAAGAUUUCAUGAUUCAAGGAGGAGACUUUACUGUUGGAGAUGGCACUGGAGGUACUAGCAUCUAUGGAGAUAACUUUCCAGAUGAGAACUUUAAGCUCAAGCAUUAUGGCAUUGGAUGGGUGAGCAUGGCAAAUUCUGGACCAGAUACCAAUGGUUCUCAGUUCUUCAUUACUGUGACAAAGCCUAGCUGGUUGGAUGGAAAACAUGUAGUAUUUGGGAAAGUCAUUGAUGGAAUGAGUGUGGUGCACUCCAUAGAACUCCAACAAACAGAUGAGCAUGAUCGCCCACUUACAGACUGUGUGAUUACAAAUAGUGGCAAGAUAAAUGUAAAAGACCCUUUUGUGGUUGAAGUUGAUGACUGGUAACAACUUGAAGAAGAGAAUAAAACUUUUGUUAAUUCCCAGGGGAAACUUUGGGGUAUUUAGAGUAACUUUUUCUUUUGUUUCUCUCUCUCUCUUUUUUUUUAAACAUAAUGCAUAGCAAGUUUGUUCAGGAAACAGGAAGGAGUAGCACAGAUCAAGCAGAAAAAACUUUUUAAAAAACUAGUCAUUUCAGCAACUGGAUGCUUAGAAGAGUGCCAAGAAAAAGUAAUAGAAAUGAGGGCUUAUUGUUGGUGCUAUUUACCAAAAAAAUUUUGGUGUAGAGAAUUUUUUAAAAUGAUACUAAGGUGUGGGAAAAGCCUAUCAGAUUGCUGUUUCAUUUUAAGUCUAUAUAGAGAUAAAGAAAAAUGAUAACAACCACCAUGCUGGCCUACAGGGUUGUGGAGAAAAGGUAGCAACAUAAUAUUUUAAAGCCCAUUGUUGUUUCUAUAUUUAAAUAUGUUUUUUUCAACUGAAGAAUAAGAUUAAUGUAGGUUACAGAUUUUUUUACACAAAUAAAAAUAGUUUAAUAAUUUGUGCAUUAAAAUUGCUAUUAAACAGCUUUUUUUACUUUCUAAAUUAAGAAAUAUUUAAGUGCCUGAAAAUAAUACAAAGAACAUUCAAUAUAAUUUUUUUUUGAAAGUAAGCAUUUUGAUUAUACUGUACACCCCAAAUGCAGAAUAACUUGAGGGAAACAUUCUGACUGUCUCUACUGGCCUUGAUCUGCCCACUACAGAUUUGAGUAGUUUGUUCAUUGAAAGGACAAACACAAAGAUAAUGGUAGAACACUGAAAAAGUAUCUCCUCAAAGAAAAGUUGUUUGAUGUUUCUUGUUUUUCAGCAUCAAAACUGCAUGAGGACUUUGGAAGUUAAAAGCUAAGAAACCCUGGUCCCAAGGAAUGAUAACUGGGGUCAAAUAUAUAUAUAAUAUUGCCUACUUAUAGUAUAUAUUGCCUAGUUAUAGUAUAGAUGGCAAAAAUGCAGAUUUUGUUUUAUUACCAUAUUUUGGAGCAGAAGGCCAGCUAAAAUUAAGGCUCAUAAGUCCAUAACAGACCUGAGCUCAGAGAAGAACUGAUAUUUGAACAGAAACCCAGUAAGAUCAGAGAGAUCUCAGAGCUUGCACUUCCUACUGCUAUCUACCUUUUUUCUAAGUUUCCUCUGGUUUGACUAGCUAAUCUGACCUAUAUUCACACUGCCAUGUCAGUGAAAGUUUCAGAGGGGGGUGACAACUAUCCUGAAAAUACUGGUAAAUAUUUAACAAUUGGCUGUCUGAGAAAACAUAUAUGUACAACAUACUUUUAAGUUUAAUUUAAAUUACCAACUUUUUAUCCAUAACUUUCUUAGGUUUAGACAGUUAACAGAAUAAUAAAUCCAGCCUCAAACUGUAGUGUUUACUGAUUUUCAGAUUAAAAAUGCUCACAAUAAAAAAUUGAAUAAUUAGUUCUGCUGAGCUAAUUUAAGUUGUUCUCAAUACAUUCCUUAUUUUUUAUUAUAGUUAAUACAACCCUCCCUUCCUAUCACAACCUCCUUGAACUUAAAGGAUUGAAAAGGUUGACUUUGGUAGAAGGAGUGUAUUCUUACUAUUGUACUCUAUGUCUUCUGAGUUCCAUCCACUGUGCUUCCCAUCUAACAAAUAAACCAAGAUGAAUUCUAGUAACUCUUAAUCAGAAACAUUUACUAAGCAUAAGACAAUUACCAUUAUUACUAUAAAUAAUAGAAAUAGCAGUCCUGUUAGCCUGUAAGCCAGAGACACACUAUCCCACUGAUAUAUAUAGUGUCCGAAGGGGAACAGUUGGUCAAAUAUAAAGAACAAGGAGGUAUAGGUGCAGGGAAUCUGUGCUCGAGGAAACUUGUAACACUGAAUUAUUGGCCUUGAUUUCCUUUUUUUCCCCUUUUCUAUUAGUAAGAGUCUGGCUAUUUCUUUACUCAAGUUGCUUCUUUUCUAUUCACCUGCUGGACAGAGAUACCUCUUUGCUGGCUGGUUCAUUUUUGUCAUCUUCUAUGCUGUGGGAUUAGUAUCUUGUUCUUUUAGCAAAAGUAGAAACUAUAAGCCAAGCAUCUACAGAACUUUUCUGUGACUGCCCCCCUAAUUAAACUCUGAGGGAUUUCUAACUCUCAUGCAGUAAGUUAAAGUGCAAGUAAAAUUUUUCUUUCAGUCAGAUCUUCCAAACUCAGCUCUGUUCAUAGCUUCAUUCUGGUGAGUUCUUCUGAACUCUGAGUAUUCUGGAAGCCCAAGUUCACCUAACCUGUUGUUCCAAAUCAGGGUCUCUCCAAUGAGGUCAUUCAUUUCUAUCCCAUGGUGAUAAACCAGAAUCCACAUUUCUAACAUUUAUAGUAUAAGCAGGUAACAAUUUGUCCCAAAAUGAACACAUAGUUCUAGGAGCCAGGAUUGCCUAGCUAUUAACUUAGAGUCCUCAUAAACUUCUAUAAUCUCAUAAAUUUCCAAAUUUAGUGAUGGAAAACAAGAAACUUCAACGAUCUUUACCAUUUUUUCUAAUUGGUUACUGCACUCUGGCGGAGGUGAAAAUGGUUUCCUCUCAAGGGCUAGUUUAUUUUUCCAGCUAGCAAAUGACUAGCCAUUUUAAAAUUCUAUGAAAUUGACAGAGGAAUUUAUCAACAUCUUAGAAAAGUAUAAAAAUUUCUUUAAAAUCAGAAAGAGAGAAAUCAUUUUAUAACGUACAAAUGUACCAAUUUCACUUUUGAAAUCUUUAUAAUCUGAAGUUACUAAAAAUGUGAGACAUUAUCCUGUAUUUCAACAAGUAGAAAAGAUACUACAUAAAAAAUUCAAAUUAAAGUACAGAAUGGAUCAAAUAUGAAAGGGCCCCAUUCUAAAGACUUGCCUAGAGGGACUUUAGAACACCAUCAAUCCUGUGGAACUAAGAUUAUUUUAACCCCAGGAAGCAGAGGGAAAGAAAAAACAAAACAACUUGGAGCAUAUUAUAUGUUCAAGCAGUUCUGAUUUCAGAAUAAAUGGGGGGGAUAGGAGAUACACAAAUACCUAUAUACACUCUUAACAGAGCACAGUUCUAUGUAUACAUAGAAUACCCUGUAUACAUGGAAGCAGGGUCCCCAAGCACUCACAUGUAUGGACAUAAAGUGAAAAAGAUUGCACAUGCUUGAAGGAAUGACCCCUUACUGGCCAAUCUUCUAUUAUACAGAAAUCCCUUCAAUGAUAUCCUCAAUAAGUGAUUAUCCAAUUUCAUUUAAACAGUAAAAAGAGAAUUCUCUAAUGCCUGUGGCAAUCCAUUUUUGCCAGUUGUGAAGUUUUCCCUUAUACCAAGCCAAAAUCUACAUUCUAUAAUUUUUAUCCAUUAGCUUUAUCAUUGGUUCUAGGAUUAAGAAGAAUAAUUUGAAUCAUUCCACAUGUCAAUCCUUCAAAGAACUCAAGAAAGGUAUUAUGCUUAUUCAGGUUAUACAUUCCUUGUCAAAAGUUCUCUUUUGCAGAUUAAAUAUCCUUGAAUCCUUCAAAUAGUUUUCAUAGGGCAUGGUUCUGUCACUAUAUUACUCACUCUCCUCUGGACUCAUUCUAGGAAGCAAAUAUUUCUUCUAAAAUGUGGCAUCCACAACUGAACACUACUUCACAUAUACUCAGAAUAGGGUAGAGAAGUCAUGGUACUAUCACUUCCAAUAUGCUAGAAAUUAUAUAUAAAAUGGCAUUUUUCUUUUUGGUAGCCACAUUACACAAUGAACUCACAUUAAUUUCACAGUCCACUGGUACACCCAAUUCCUUCUCUUUCCAUUCCCCUAAAAUUUACAUAAUUGAUUUUAAAAUUUGUUUUAGUCUUUACAUUUGUUCCUAUCAAGUUAUCUUAUUACAUUUCACCUGAUUGAAAAAUUUGCCUACUUCCUUAGCAACAUCUUCUAUUUAUCCCUUAUUGUUAUAAUGUUAAGAGUUUAAUUUGUGUAAAGGUGUUCUUUGUCAGAAUCCCAUCUAUCUUUCUAGAGAGAGAAUGUACUUGUAGUAAAGCAUCACAGAUGUUGGAUAGGAGCAAUGUUUUGUACUAAUUGUUCUUACUAUACCAUCUUAAUAAAAACUACUUUCAAAACCUA